AGGUUAGAUAGUAAGUACUUGUCGAACCCAACAAAAUAUACAAACUUGUACAGCAUGGUGCAAGAAGAGGUUGAAGCAAAGACAGCAAAAGGCUCUUCCAGUUGCACAAAUGGUCUUCUUUGGUUGACAAGGGCUAUGGAUUUCCUGUUGGAGUUGUUUAGAAAUUUACUGGAGCAUGGGGACUGGGCGAUGUCACAAGCUUGCUCUGAUUCCUACAGUAAGACGUUGAAAAAGUGGCAUGGAUGGUUAGCGAGUUCAAGUUUUACGGUGGCGAUGAAGCUCGCUCCAGAUAGGAAGAAAUUUAUGGAUGUAAUAUGUGGGUCUGGUGAUAUUAACAGUGAUAUUGAAAAAUUCUGUUCUACCUUCUCACCGCUUCUUGAAGAGAACCACAAGUUCUUGGCCAGCGUAGGAAUGGAUGAACUGAAAGCAUCUUAAGCUGAAAGGAAGUUUUACAACUCUUUGGGAAUUCAUCGACACUGUGAGAAACUUCUGAGACAACUAUGCUUCCUGCUUUUAUCCUAUUGUGCCAUGAGUAACAGUAGUAGCAGACAAUGAGUUUUUUUGUCUACUGGUUUGUAACUUAUAAUGAAAGGACCUGGGUUGAAGUUGGUUUGUAACUUAUAAUGAAUAAGUAAUUCUGGAGACUAAUAUUAAACUCGAUAUUUAUUUCA